AUGUGGACAACAAAACGAAGAUAUUCAUGGAAUAGUAGUCAUAGAGAAAAUGAAGAUCAAGAUCAAGAUCAACAUGUUGAUGAUGAUCAACUAUCGGACUAUUUUGAAGUCAUAGAAGAUAUGUUUGAACAGGAAAUGCAACCGUAUCUAACCAAACUUACGAAUCAAAUUACGUUGGAUGAUUUAAGAGAUUUAGCAAUUUUAAAACAUAGAAUUGCUAAAAUUGACUUGGAAAAGAAACUUUGGUUGAUCUAUUUGCAAUUCGGAAGAGGUGAACGAAUGACAACCGAACGUAUGAAACUUAAUGUGGAUCGACGUCUUUGGCCUGGAGUAGUGAAAAAAAAAUUUCAUUCAGCAGCCUCAACUGCGAAGGAUAGCAAUACAGGUGAAUCUGAACAACAAGUUUAUGAAAGAAAAGUUCAUCAAUAUGUUGAAGAUUUGUUUGAGAAAAUAGAAUUCUAUUCGAUGGAAUAUCAUGAGAAGAAAACACAAUUCAUUGGUUUUACAAAUGAAAUGGAACAAGCAAUCGAAACCUUUAUUCAACACUAUAGUAUAGUGCCAUUUCGAUUAAAAUUCAACUAUAGAAUAGCAAUCUUAGAAUUUAAUUAUGAUGAUCAAUUACUUGAACAAGCUUACUUACAAUUGAAACCGACUAAAAAUCAAAUUCAAGCGAUAAAACAUAUCUAUAAUUAUACAACAGCCUAUGUUCAAGCAAAACAGGAAGUUUUCUAUUUAAAACAACGACUUCUCUGUAAUAAACCAACCCUAUCCUUUUAUCACACAGCAUUAUCAUUCCAAAAUACAUCCACAUCAUUGUCUAUGACAGAUCCUACUCUUUAUCAAUUAGCAAUCGAACGAGACGAAAAAUUUUUACAACAACAGAUGACCGAUCUUGUAGUAGAAACGAUCCGUGAAGUCGAAAGAAAAAUUCUUCCAUAUCAAAUUAAAUUGAAUGACGCGAAAUCACAAUUGUCGAACUCGAAUGAAAAUCAAAUGGAAAUUUUAUCUAAAGAAUUCAUCGAUCUUAUGAAUCGACGUCUUGAUAUCAUCUAUAAAAAGUUCAUCUACAGUUCAACAUUUAAAAUGAAUUAUUUUUUACAACAUUCUUAUGAUAAUGUAUCCUAUGAAUUGAAUCUACCAAGUAUAUGUUUCUCACCGACAAUGAUUGCCACUACUGUACUACAUCUAUUUAGUCGAGAAGAAUUGAAAUUAUUGAAUCGUGGACCAUGUUAUAUACCACCGGGUCAACUCUACAUGUUAUCAUCACUUCGAGAUAUAAAUGUAGAAAAAAUCAUUGAAGAACAAUAUAAAUCUAUACAACAUGAUCUCAAUAGAAUGUUUGCUAAAUGUGAAAUCAAUGGACUCCAAUCGAUGUCUAUUCGAAAGCAAAUUAAAACACUUUUUCACCAACUUUUCUCAACUUCUUCACUACUACCAAGUAGACUUUAUCAACGUCGUGCCUUGUAUGAAAAACAAAUGAUUGAUUCAAUUCGAAAGCAUUUACAAAAGUAUGAUUUAAUUUUAAAACGAGUCGCCAAUCAACAACAAAAUGUUUUUUGUCUUCUACAUCGUCCGAUCUUUGAAGAAAAAAUUCAUAAUUAUAUGAGUGAAACAGAUAUGUUCAUAGUAUGUGAAGAUAUUGAUGAUAAUAAUCUUCAAGCAACACGUCAUAAUUUAACAUUAGCUAUUGAAAGAAUGAAUAUUCGAUUAAGAUCUAUUUUUUAUCACAAAAAUGAUCAAGAGAUUUUGAAAAAAUUAUCUAUUCUGACUGAUAAAAUUCAAUUACCUUAUCUAUAUUUUUUACCAGAAAUAUUACCAAACAUGACCAUGACAGUACAUCCGAUGGUUGCUGCACAAAACAGUGAAACAGUUCGAAUUGCUCAAUUUCUUGAUGAUGUCUUACGACCGAAUGUUUCACUAGAUAUCGAUCGUUAUACAUUUGUUAAUGGGACUGAUUUUAUUCGAAAAUUGAAUGAUUAUAUUGAAGAAACAUCGACGAGUCCUUCUUUUUGUUCUACGACAAAUUUUGUUACUAUUACAAUUUUAAAUUUUUAUUCUAUGGUAGAUCAUGAUACACAACUACUUGAAUUUCAACAUUACUUGAAAGAUCCCUGUCAACUGUCAACAAUAAAAGGGAUUUCAAUUCAGAAAAUUUACGAUUUAACUACAUUGUUUCUACGCAAUAAUCGAUUCUAUUAUGAUCAUAAGAUCUAUCGUUUUAUUAAAGGUAGUCCAACUUGUUUUCCAUUCAGUGAAACGUUAGCGACACUCUACGUAUUACCUUGGUUCAAAUCAUUCUUUCGACAAUCAUUAUUAGAAAAAGAAUUUUACGGCAGAUAUCAUAAUCAAUUGUUUUUUACCUGGAAUGAUACUAAAGAAAAUCUUAUCCAUAUGAUUGAAAUGGCGAAUACAGACAAGUUAAAUAUACAUGUCGAUAUAAAAAUGGGUAGUAAUGCUACCUUUUUACAAGCUUAUCUUGAAAAUCAACAUGGUACUCUUUAUAGUCGUGUUCAUCAUGAUUCAACUAUACAAAAAUAUACUCUUCCUUAUGUCAUCACUGGUCAUAGUAAAGAAGCACAUAGUCAUUGGCUUCGAACAUCUUUACUUCGAGCUGUUCGAUAUUGUACAUCAGUAGAUGAUUUUAAUCAAGAACGAAUCUAUCUUGAAGUCACUUUUUUAGCCAAUGGUUAUACAAUUGAAUUCGUCGAAAAACGCAUCGAACAAUUUUUUACUCAUUUUAAUGCUCUAUCACUCCGUUCAGAUUUAGAUCAACACGUUUACAACAAACUUCGACUUCGAUUAUUUAAUUUUAUCAAUGAACAAAAACGUAUGAUACAGAACUAUCAUCGCUUAGAACGGGCGAAAAAACGAUUCCGAUUAUCUUAUCUAUAUGAUUCUGGUCCGAAACUUCAAUUUAAUCAACAAUUACAAGAAAUUUUCACACAAAAUUUAAAUACACAUGAUCCAUUAUCAAAAUAUAGAGAUUUACAAUUAAUUGUAUCAACUAAAAAUCCCUAUACAUUAAAUACAUUACUUAGUGAAUACAAACCAUCUCAUCCUUUACUAAUAAAAGAUGUAAAAUGA